AUGAAUGUCUGGACAGGAUCCAUUCCUCUCAGCUCGGACUCCAAGUUAUUAGGCAUUCGACUGGUCGACCCGAAUUCUUACUGGCAGUCCGAGCUGUCCAAAGAGUCCCAGCUUAGUCUCCGCAGCUUCGUAAACCCAGCACUUAUCCCACUACAUUCACGAGCCGGUCCCAACCUUGAGCUACACACAUCUCACGCGGGGACAUCGAAAUGGCUCCAGAGGAAAUUAACCGGCGCCCUCUGGCUAAAUGAAGAAGACCCAGCACUCCAGCAAUCUUUCCAAUGCCCAGUCGGUCUUCUGGUCAGCGUCGAAGGCAACACUAAACCAGGCAACGCAGCCCCAACAAGCCUAUUAGUCUACGGCGUGCUAUCCAGCGCAGCAUCAUGCACACGUCCACCUACCCCACCACAUUCAUCCCCCUCCGAUAUCCCAAGUCAUAGUAAUACAUCACAACGUGCCCCCUAUGAACUCAGAAUUUACGCUGCACCACUUUCAACUUCACGACUCACCCAGGCCCAAGCCUACCCAUCUCCACCACCCUCCAACCCAGAUCAACCCAUCGUCAACCCGCGCUGCGCAGAAUUUCUACCAGACAUAAGCUCUCCCAGCCCCAAACGCAAAAGAGUAGCAACACUCUUUGAAGUAGCCGCGCAACACCACCGCCGCGUCCGCCAGCGAGGCGGCGAAGCCGUCUCACAACUAAUGGCACCUUCACGACCUCUCUCCUCAUCACAAAACUUGCAAACACUUCGCAUCAAGCGUGAACCCGAAGAAGACGGUCCCUCCCUCCCAUCUCUCGAACGCAUCGUCUCGCACCGUUCCCGAUCCGUCUCUAUCGGGCCAGGCCUACAACGCCCAGGUAGCGUACGCGGCCGCGCAACGCCAGGUCUCAACGCCGAUCCGCAAAAGCGUGCUCCAACACCGAACCCAUUCUUGGAUUCCGGCCCGCGCCGUGGAGCACAGAUGUCGCAGGGCCAGGGCCAAGGCCCGUCAUCUCUUUCGAUCUCCGAAGUGAAAUCUGUGUCUACGCCAGGCUCGCCGGCUAAGGACCCGGAUACUAUCAUCGCAGAGAACAAGAAUCUCAUCACGCGCACAAUAUUGACUUGUAUGCGCCUGUAUGGAUUCCACCGUUCAAAUGCGAAUAUGCGCUCUGCAUCUAUGAGUAAGCCGCCAGGUAGUGCUGGUGCUGAACCUGAAGUUGAUGUCUCGGGCACAAUACCGGCGCCGGAAUCUUUGCGUGCUGAAACACCUGCACCGGGUGUCACUUCGGAUGAUGAUGAGUUCAAAGCUAUGUACUAUGCGACGUACAAAGCUGCUGCUUUUGCGCUCCGAAGGUAUUUGAAGCAGGUGCCAGGGUUGGCACCUUCGGUCUUGGAGAAGGAGAAGGCUAUGACUUGCAUUGAUGAGUUACUGAAGUUAUUCUGCGAGGAGCACUGA